UCUCCUCUUCUCAUUAUUCUAAGCGAUGCAAUAAGCUGACGUGUACCAAUGAAGCCCACCACCAAUGGGCUCUUGGCUUCUCAGUCUUCUUCUUCCUCCUUCCCGUUUCCGAGCUUCCGCGGCCAGCUUCCGAUUAGCUUCUCAGCCUACAAUCAUAAGACGAAGAAGAACGUCGUCACUCUUUGCCUCCAUUCUGAUUCCGAUGUCUCCUCCUCUCGAACCGCCUUCACUCGCCGCGCGAUUCUCGUCGCUCCGCCGCUCCUCGCCGCAGCUGCUUCGAUGUUUCAGUCUAUUUCCUCAGCCGCUGCUGCUGAGACUUCUGCGGAAUCAGUAGCUCUUCCUCCUCCUCCUCCUGUUGCCGUCACUGCUCCUCCUCCCCCGCCUGUUUAUGUGGAGAAGGAAGAAUCGAUAACUUCUAGAAUCUAUGACGCGUCGGUGCUUGGUGAGCCGAUGGCUGUUGGGAAGGAUAAGAAGAGAGUUUGGGAGAAGCUUUUGAAUGCGAGGAUUGUGUAUCUCGGAGAAGCAGAGCAGGUGCCUACAAAAGAUGAUAAGGUUCUCGAGCUCGAAAUUGUUAGGAAUUUGAGGAAACGAUGCGUCGAGAGCGAUCGUCAGUUAUCUUUGGCAUUGGAAGCUUUUCCCAUUGAUUUGCAGGACCAGUUGAAUCAAUACAUGGAUAAGAGGAUCGAUGGAGAGGUAUUGAAGUCGUAUGUAUCACAUUGGCCAGCUCAACGUUGGCAAGAGUAUGAGCCUCUUUUAAGUUACUGUCGCGAUAACACUGUUAAACUCAUUGCUAGUGGCACUCCGCUCAAGGUUUUAAGAACUGUCCAAGCUGAGGGAAUUCGUGGUCUUUCAGAGUCUGAGCGUAAAUUAUACACUCCUCCUGCGGGCUCAGGCUUUAUCUCAGGGUUUACUUCCUUCUCACGUAGCUCUUCACUCAAUAUGAAUCCCCUCACACAGAUUGUUCCAUUUGGACCAAACUCUUAUUUGUCAGCGCAAGCUAGAGUUGUUGAAGACCAUACUAUGUCACAAGUUAUCUUACAAGCAGUUGCAGAUGAAGGUGGAACUGGUCUGCUGGUAGUGGUGACAGGGGCGAACCAUGUUGAGUAUGGGUCAAGAGGAACAGGAUUGCCGGCAAGGGUCUCUAGGAAGAUUCCGAAGAAAAGUCAACUUGUUGUUUUACUUGAUCCUGAAAGACAGUUCUUGCGGAAAGAGGGUGAAACUCCAGUCGCUGAUUUCUUGUGGUAUUCUGCGGCCAGACCCUGCAGCAGAAACUGCUUUGACCGAGCAGAAAUUGCUCGGGUAAUGAAUGCGGCUGGUAGGAGACGAGAUGCCCUUCCCCAGGACAUUCAGAAAGGAUUAGACCUUGGUCUGGUGUCACCUGAGAUUCUGCAGAAUUUCUUUGAUUUGGAGCAAUAUCCUCUUAUUUCAGAGCUUACACAACGGUUCCAGGGUUUCCGAGAAAGGUUGUUGGCAGAUCCAAAAUUCCUGAAUAGAUUAGCUAUUGAAGAAGCUAUAUCAAUAACAACGACACUUGUAGCUCAAUAUGAGAAGCGGAAAGAAAACUUCUUUGAAGAACUCGACUAUGUUAUAACUGAUAGCGUAAGAGCAUCCGUUGUUGAUUUCUUCACAGUUUGGCUGCCUGCACCAACCUUGUCUUUUAUCUCCUACGCUGAUGAGUCAAUUGGGCCAAACAGCAUAGAUGCCCUAAAAGGCCUCCUAGGAUCCAUACCUGACAAUGCAUUUCAAAAAAGUCUUGCUGGACAAGAUUGGACUCUGAAUCUUAGGAUUGCUUCAGUUAUUGUCGGUGGCUUGAAGCUUGCUGGUGUUGGAGUUGUUUCCAGUUUUGCAGCUGUAGGAUCUUCAAAUGCUUUGUAUGCUAUACGGAAAUUCAUUAAACCUGAGUUGGGUGUUGGUGAAGAAGCAAAGAGGUCUCCUUUGCUGAAGACAGCUCUUGUAUAUGGAGGUUAUCUGGGAACAUCUUCAAAUAUCCGUUAUCAGAUAAUUGCUGGGUUAAUAGAGCAUCGCAUUUCUGACGAGCUUUCUUCUCAACCUCUACUUGUAAACAUGAUUUCAUUUGUUGUGCGAGUAGCUAACUCCUACUUUGGAACUCAGCAAUGGAUUGAUCUUGCGCGCUCUACGGGUCUGCAGACCCAGAAAAGUGUCACAACUUCCAACGAAAUCCCCGAAGCUUUGAGCCAAUCUACAGUGGAAUACAGUACUACUGAAGAGACAAGUAUAGAUGAUCUCAAGAAUCCAUGAUAUUUAUUAUGCGGCUGUGCGACUAGGUGCCUACUGGUAAAUGUUUAUAAAACCUUUUGAUCGUUUGGAGGGAAUAUAUUUUUAUUUGAGUUCUAUUUUUGUAUCUUAGCUUAUGGGAAAUAAUGAUUCGUUAAUAUAAUCACUUCAAUUAGUCAUGUUGAUUUGCCAUGAUUGCA